UUUUGUUUUUCUUUUUGUUAUUUGACUUUGAUUUUUUGUAGGUUAUAUUCUCUCUUUGGUUUAAUUUAAAAAUAUAUUGUUUAAAAUACAUAAACAUGUGGGUUUUUGGCUACGGUUCCAUAAUUUGGAAGGUAGAUUUUCCAUACGCGGUGAAAACGGUAGGAUAUAUUAAAGGAUACGCUCGAAAAUUUUACCAGCUGAGCAUGGACCACCGAGGCACACGGGAGAAUCCUGGUAGAGUAGUUACCAUCGUUCCUGAUUCGGCCCAUAGUCGCGUCUGGGGAGUAGCCUUCAAAGUUCCUGAUAAUUUUAUCGAUCAAGUCAUUCAUCAUUUAGAUAUCAGAGAGAAGGGAGGAUAUAUCCGCAAGAAUUUAACAUUCUUUCCUUUAUAUGGUCACCCACCUUUUGACAGUGUAGUUUACGUAGGACAGGAACAUCACGAAAAUUUUUCUGGUGGGGCUGACGAAGACAGCAUCGCCUUACAGAUAGUAAAUGCUGUCGGAUCCAGUGGAACGAAUGUUGAAUAUCUCCUAAAUUUAGCAAAGUCACUAAGAGCAAUUGCACCGUUAGUGGACGAGCAGCAUUUAUAUAAUGUUGAAGAAAAAGUAUUAAAACUUCUUGAAGACCAAGGCAAAUCAUUAAAGUAAAAAGUCAAACUUCAUUCAGUAUUAUUGUGAUCUAAAGUAUUUUAUCUGUGAUAUCAAAUUUAUAGUUGUGCUUGUAUACAAUGAUUUGAGGGCUUAAAAUGCCUAUGUUUACCAAAAGUUGGUGCUGUUGAUUAGUAAAAUUUAUAGUUAAGGCAAAAUUGUAAUAUAUUUUUAUAAAUAGAGUCUUUCAAGAAGGAA